AAUAAAAAAAAACCCCCACAAAAUAAAUAAAUAAAGAAAUCAAACCAAAAGAUGCAAACAAAAAACCCCAUUUUGCUUUACAUCCUACACAAAAUUGAUUUCCUCACAGUAGCAGCUUUAUCGAUUUUGAUUUGGAUAUAGCAACAGCGGAAGAAGACGACGAAGAAACAGCAGUAAUAAUAAUUAUGAAUAAAAUAUUGGAUUUCGGCAGAAAGGCGAUGUUCUAUGUUAGGGUUCUUUCCGGUUACGAAGAGCGGAGGAUUCGAUCGUACAGAUUGCAGCUUCAGCAACGCCUCCAACAGGCACAAGAGAAAAAAGCUGCUCUGAAGCAGGUUCCGGAACAAAUUAUUAUAUCAGAGGUCCGACGGAUGGUGGAGGAAAUGCAAUCCUUGAAUAAGAAGUUAGAAGAUACUGAGGCAGCCAUAGAAGAGUACUUCAAGCCAGUCGACAAAGAAGCAGAAUUCAUAAUGAAAAUGCAGCUCGAAGGAGAAGAAAAGACGAUGAAGGAUAUGAUGAAGGCCAUGCAAACACAGGCUUUACUUGAGAAAGCCGAAGCUGAAAAAACUGCAGCUCUGCAAAAUUCUAAAACCGACCACCAAAUCGAAGAGUCGUCGUCGUCAUCAGCCCCAGACAAGCGUGCACAAGUCGGAUAAAUUUAACCCGUCUGCACUUUCUUACAAAACAGCAUCGCAAAACAACAUCACAUGAAUUUUUGAGUUGUGUAGUGUGACUUUUAAGAUUGUAGACGAAUCUUUUAGCACAUCGAUUGGUAUACAUUGUGCUGCAGACAGUUUUGACUGUUCGAAAAAAGAUAUCCUCUAUAUGUAGUCUUCGACUUGCGAUUAUAGUUUCUUAUUGAGUGUUCAUCGAAAUAAAUAAGUGAUUUCGUGUGGAUUUU